AUGCCUUCUGCACAACCAGUCCGAGAUGACCCUUUCGGCCCUUCAGACACAGACCUUGAUUAUGACGUUCUCAUAGUCGGAGCUGGUCUUAGUGGCAUUCUCAGCCUUUAUCGUAUGCGUGAGCUCGGUUUGAAGGCUCGAGUCAUUGAAGCCGGGCCUGCUGAGGGUGGAACUUGGUUCUGGAAUAGAUACCCUGGUGCCCGAUUUGACUCAGAAAGCUACUCCUACAUCUUUUCAUUCUCGCAAGAGGUGCUUGAUGAAUGGAACUGGACGGAGCAUUUCGCUCCGCAACCAGAAACGCUCCGAUAUAUUCAGUAUCUCACGUCAAAGUUCGACUUGAAGCGUGACAUGCAGUUCAACACACGCAUGAACUCGGCACGUUUUCAAGAAGACAGUUCCUCAUGGCUUCUUGAAGACGAUGAAGGCGUUCAUUAUACCUGCCGAUAUCUCAUCACGGCUAUGGGUAUCUUGAAUAAGCCCACUCUGCCCAAUAUUCCGGGUGUACAGAACUUCAAGGGCGAGUCUUGGCACACCGCAAGAUGGCCUAGUGAUGCUUCCAGCCUUGUUGGCAAACGCGUGGGUAUCGUCGGUACCGGUGCGACAGCGAUCCAGACCAUCCAGGCCAUUUCUGACAAGGUUGGCCACCUCACAAUCUUCCAACGAACGCCUAACUGGACCGCUCCUCUGCGAAAUAGCAAAAUCAGUCCUGAAGAGAUGGAUGAGAUCCGGCAGAGAUAUCCAGAAAUCUUUCGCCAGUGCCUCGAAUCAUCUGUUGGCUUUAUUCAUGUUGGCGACCCCAAGAGUGUCUUCGCCAUGACAGAAGAAGAACGCCAAGAGCGCUGGGAGAAGCUAUAUGCUCUCCCUGGGUUUGCCAAAGUGCUCAGCAUAUCUGGAGAUAUUUACACAAACCGUGAGGCAAAUGCUUUGUACAGCAAGUUUCACGCGGAUAAGAUACGCGCAAGAGUCAACGACCCAGAGACUGCUGAAAAGUUGAUCCCGAAAAAUCACGGCUUUGGCACAAGACGAGUACCACUAGAGAGCGGAUACUUUGAGGUCUUUAACCAACCCAAUGUUAAGCUGGUCGAUAUCAGGGAAGCCCCGAUAACCCAAAUCACAGAAACCGGUGUCCAAACAGAGGAUGAAUUUCAUGAACUGGAUAUCCUCAUUUAUGCGACCGGGUUUGAUGCUGUCACCGGGUCCUUUAAUGCUGUAGACAUCCAGGGCCGUAACGAGGCCAAGCUGAAGGAUGUAUGGGCCAACGGCAUUCGGACGUUCCUGGGCCUCACAGUCAAGGAUUUCCCCAACAUGUUCAUGAUUAUGGGACCGCACCAGAUGUUUGGCAAUAUCCCAAGAUCCAUUGAGUAUGCAGCGAAUUGGGUAGCUGAUUGUAUUCGUUACGCUCGAGACAACAAGAUCACCUCUGUAGAAGCGACCGAAAAGGGUAUGGAGGACUGGACACAGCAUGUGCAAGAAUGUGGUCAAGGACUCCUGGCCAAUGAAGUUGAUUCAUGGAUGACUGGCGUCAACAAGAAUUUGGCUCACAAGCAGAAGCGGUCCUUGACACGAUACAACGGGCCAGCGCCAGGCUAUCGAAAGAGAUGUGACGAGGUGAAGGUUCGGGAAUACUCGGAUUUUGUACUAGGUCAUAACUAA